AUGGAAGGAUUUUACGGACUCGAAGUUGCCACUGGCAAACAGCAGGUGAAGCCGAAGAUCCCCGAGGGCUGUGCGCUGCGUGUGACGCAGCUCGCCGUCCCCGCCAACGCCACCGGGACCAUCUCACUCCUCAUUUCCUUUGAGGGCAAGCAGUUCACCGUCGCGACGCUCGACCCGAAGAAGGGGAUCUACCAGAUGAACACCGAUCUCGUCUUCACGGAGGCCCAGGCGGUUUCUUUCGCCGCGCAGGGCAGCGGUGUGAUUCACCUCACCGGCUAUGUGCAGCCAGUCGGCGCGGACGACCUCAUGAGCGAAAUGCUCGACGACGACGACGACGACGCUGAGCUGGAGGAGGUUUCCGAGGACAGCGACGAGGAUGAAAACGCCAAACAAGCGGCCGCAUCGAAGAACAGCAAGGUCGCCCAGAAGGUGGAAAAGGAAGACGACAGCGACCUCGAGGGCGAAGAUGACGAGGACGAGGAUGACGACAGCGACCUCGACGUCGACGACGAGGACGAUGAGGAUGAGGAUGACGACGAACAGGAGGGCGGCAAAGGCGGUCUUCCCGGUCACGAAGCCCACGAGGAUGACGACGACGACGACGACUUCGACGACGACGACGAGGGCGAGGACGAGGGCGAGGACGAGGAUGAUGGCGAGGAGGAUGAUGAAGACCACGACGAUGAGGGCGAGGACGACGAAGACGGUGAAGAUGAGGAUGAGAGCGAAGAUGAAGUUCCAUCGAAGUUUCAACGUCGGGAGCAGAGGGACCGUGGCGAUCGCGGCGGGAACUUCCGCGGUGGGAACCGUGGCAGCUUCCGUGGCGGCGAUCGCGGUGGAUUUAGGGGCGGGCAUCGCGGCGGAAACCGUGGCGGGGGCUUCCGCGGUGGCGAUCGAGGAGGUAACCGCGGCGGGGGCUUCCGCGGUGGGAACCGUGGCAGCUUCCGUGGCGGCGAUCGCGGUGGAUUUAGGGGCGGGAAUCGCGGCGGAAACCGUGGCGGGAGCUUCCGCGGUGGCCGCAGCAAUUCUCGUGGGCGCCACUAA